GUGAAGCAUCAAACUGCCUCCUUAGUCCGCAGACUCUGCAGCCAGCUGUGCCAUACACUUGCAUCAGACAACGGCUUGGACCUGAGGCGGCGGCGGCGGCAGUUGGAGGCCGCAAUCAGGGUUUGAAUUCGGCGUUUCCUCUCCGCUCACUAUCUCUUCAGAUUUGCAGUAUACCUCAUUCUGACUAAUUAUGGCCAAUGGUCCAGCACCAUUUUCUGAUAUUGGUAAAAGGGCAAAAGAUCUCUUGUACAAGGACUACAAUUUUGACCAAAAGUUUAGCCUGUCAAUUCCAAGCUCUUCUGGAUUGGGCCUUAUAGCUACAGGUUUCAAGAAGGACCAAAUUUUUGUUGGUGAUAUUAAUACCCUUUACAAGAGUGGAAAUACUACCGUUGAUGUGAAAAUUGAUACAUACUCCAGUGUAUCAACGAAAGUGACUGUCCAUGAUAUCUUCUCUAACACAAAAGCAGCCUUGAGCUUCAGUAUACCUGAUCAUAAGUCGGGCAAGCUGGAUGUCCAGUACCUUCAUCCUCAUGCUGUCUUCGAUUCUAGUAUUGGCUUGAAUCCAGCCCCUCAGUUGGAGCUUUCAGCAGCUAUUGGUUCCAAGGAUCUCUAUGUGGGCGCUGAAGUUGGAUUUAAUACGGCAUCUGCUUCAUUUACAAAAUAUAAUACUGGGAUUACUUUCAAUAAACCAGAUUACUCUGCAGCACUCAUCCUGGCCGAUAAAGGACAGGCCCUGAAGGCGUCUUACAUUCAUUAUGUGGACCGACCGGAUGGAUUUACAGUUGCUGCUGAAAUGACACAUAGAUUUUCCUCGUUGGAGAACGGAUUUGCCAUUGGAACCUCACAGACAGUAAGUCCUGGCACCUUGGUAAAGACUCGAUUCACUAAAGACGGCAAGGCCGCGUUCCAAUGCCAACGAGCCUGGAGGCCUAAUUCGCUCAUAACCCUCUCCGGUGAAUAUGACUACACUAAGGCCUCAAGUUCGUCCGCCAAGUUUGGUCUUGCUCUUGCCCUCAAGCCUUGACAUGGUCUGUCCUUCCAACUCUUUCUGGCGACUUAUUUAUCCCCCUCAUCAUUUUACAUUAUUUCCAGAACCCAUGGUGGGUUAUGGUUUUCUUUUUUCUUUUUAAAGCUCAAUCAUAUAUCAUGAAUGGAAACCAAAGGAACUCGCAGCAUUUGUGAAAUCUUUCAUAGCAGCAAGGGAAAAAGAGAACCCAGUUUUGAAAUGUUUUUGUAAUGGUUAUAUUUUUUGAAGCCGAUUUCGGUACUGCCAUAUGCAUUGCCCAGCAUAUGAUUUUCUUCGUUACGGUCAAUAAAUUGAUACGUCGUGACCUUUU